CUCAAAACGCAGCCGUUUGGCUCAGUAUUUCAGAACCCUAAUUAUCAUUUAUAACCCCAACCCCUCCCCCCUUCUCUCUCUCUCUCUCUCUCUCUCUCUCUGUGCUCGCAAAAAGUGUAUCCAGUUGCGAACUUGGCGUUAAGAUGCCAUGGGAGCCUCCGGUGGUCCGAGGCUUUCUGGAAUGCAGAAGGAAGUACUGAGUCUAUACAGAGGGUUUUUGCGAGUAGCUCGUUCAAAAUCCGCCGAAGAUCGACGCAAGAUCGAAUCCGUCGUUUCAGCUGAGUUUCGUCAGAAUUCAAAGAAAGUAGAUCGCAAAAGUUUUCUCUACAUUGAGUACUUACUACGCCGAGGUAAGAAACAGCUCGAUCAGCUCAAGAGUCCUGAUACUGUUGGGUUGUCAUCUUUGAACAUCGGUGCAUCCGAAACCAAAAAUCCUAAGCCAUGAAGGAAGAAGACAUUUCUUUAUUCAAUGGCUAUACUAAUUUGCCAGCUGAAAUUUGUUUUAUUGUUGAAUAAUUGUUGAACAGAGAAGAUACCUUCAAUGGCAACAUGUAAUAAAUAGAUUAAAUCUUGCCUAUCAUUGCAAUC